AUGAGACCCUCUAUGAACAACGCACGCGAAACAUUGGCGCAAAGCGACUGGCCUACGGUCGUUCUCCACGAUUUUUCUAGUCUUGGCGCGCAGACAAAUCCUAUCCUGAUCGAAGAUGAUGAUGCUCCGUUGGGCUCAGAAUCUAACCCUAUCUUGAUUUAUGUUGAAGAGGACUAUGGUUACGUUGAGGAUGAGCAGAUCAAAUCUGAUGCGGACACCGACAUCAUGGCCACGCCAGAGCCUUGGUGGGAGCAAAUGUUCCGCGACAGCGUUGAUCUCCUCGCGGACUCCGCUACUGAUGUCGACGCUGAGGCUUUGACUACACCAGAGUCUUGGUGGGACAUGUUGGUUGACGAAGAUACCCUGUUGCGCGAGGCUGCGUCCGUUGAUUUGGCCUCUAUUCCACUGCUGAUUACAAUACCUAUGUACGAAGAAAAAGUACCUAACAACAAGGAUGAAAAAGCUCAAGGCAUUGGCACAGACGAUUGGGCGGAAGCCUAUUCACAGGCACGCGCUCUAGUCGGCCAAAUGACCGUAGAGGAGAAGGUCACCCUUACUACUGGUAUUCAGCAAGGUGACGACCCAAGCAUUCAAGUUGGCUGUGUUGGCUUUAUAAAAGGCGUCCCUCGUCUAGGCUUUAACGGCAUGUGCUUCCAAGAUGCGGGCAACGGAGUCCGAAGCUCAGACGGUGUGAGUGCUUAUCCGGCAGGCAUCACGGGCGCAGCUUCAUGGAACCGCUCAGGUGUCUAUCACAGAGGGUUCUUCCUUGGCAAAGAGUUCAAAGCCAGGAACUGGAACACCUUACUUGGUCCAGUUAUCUCGCCUAUGGGCCGAGUUGUGCUCGGAGGAAGAGUCUGGGAAGGCUUCGGGCCCGAUCCGUACCUUUCUGGGGAGCUUUCUUUUGAAACCGUAUCAGGUAUCCAGAAAUCGGUCAUUGUAUGCGUCAAGCACUUCAUUGGCAACGAACAAGAGACGAACCGUGUGCCUGCGGGAGCAAACGAGUCGGUUUCUGCGAACAUUGACGAUAAGACCUUGCACGAGCAGUACUAUUGGGGUGCGACGUAUACUCAGACGGCAUCAGUUAAUGCUGGACUCGAUAUAGCCAUGCCGGCUCCUAGAGGUUUUGCCGGCAAUCUGACCCAAGCUGUCGCCAAUGGCACAGUAUCUGACGCUCGACUGAGCGAUAUGGCAACAAGAAUCCUGGCCUCGUACUUUCAAUUUGCACCGUUCCAAAUCCCAGGUUUUGGGCAACCGCAAAGUGAUCUUCCAGGCUUGAACAAAAGCUUCCCGUACGUCGACGCACGCGACCCAGCAUCCAAGAGCACCUUGUUACAGGGAGCUGUGGAAGGUAUCGUCCUUGUCAAGAACACCAACAACAUCCUACCUUUCAAAGCACCCAAAGUCCUCUCCCUCUUUGGAUAUGACGGACCCGCACCUCAUGUGGAAGCAGCAUCUCUUACCGGUUACUACAUCUGGGGGCUCGGCUAUAGUUCUGUCAAUGUCACUAUAGAAGAGCACAAUGCCCGAUUUCUUUCCGGGAACGUCGAUCCAGCUAAUGUACCUAAUGCAGCCUACGCUGGGACACUGAUCACUGGUGGUGGGUCUGGGUCAAAUACUCCUGCGUAUAUUAGCAGUCCUUUUGAAGCAUUCUCACAACAAGCAUGGAUUGACGGUACCUGGGUCAACUGGGACUUUGUGAGCCAGAAUCCUAGCCCUGAUGUCAAUGCCGAUGCCUGUAUUGUGUUUAUCAAUGCUUGGGCAGCAGAGGGCUAUGAUCGUACCUCGCUAACUGACGAAUACUCCGAUACUCUCGUUGCGAAUGUUGCAUCUCAAUGCCCCAACACAAUUGUCGUCAUUCACAAUGCUGGAAUUCGGAUUGUGGACGCUUUCUACGACCACCCCAACGUGACUGCUAUCCUUUACGCUCAUCUACCGGGACAGGAUAGUGGGAGAGCUUUGGUUGAG